AGAAGUAGCUGUCAGAGCCCGGUCAUGUUCAGUAAAUGCUGCGAGAAGAUAAAUGAAGCAUGUGUUUCUAGUUCUAGGAUCAACAGUAUGUGUCUCUUUCUGCUUCCAGCUCCUCCUGAAGUGUUCUUGUUUGCGAGAAACGCCAAAGUUGAGACCAACGUCAUUUUGAUGUGCCUGGCCACAGGCUUCUACCCAAAAGACAUCGUCCUCAAUAUCAGGAGGAACGGCCGAAUUCUAACCAGAGAGGACGGAGUGGUGACCUCAGACGUUCGUCCAAAUGAAGACGACCACUUCCAGAGAAGAGACUAUGUGGAGAUUAAAAGAUCAGACAAGUCUGAUUACAGCUGUGAAGUCAUUCAUGAUGCAUCUCACAUGAAUGUGAAGAAUUCCUGGGAUCAUCAGCUUCCUCCUCCUCGCUCUGGUGGACUCAGCACUGCUGUCAUCGGUGGUGGAGUGGGAGGAGUCCUGGUCCUGGUCCUGGUCCUGGUUGUGAUGCUGGUGGUGGUUCUGAAGAAAAAAGGCAUCAUUGGUAAGUUCAGAGUUGUGUAUCUUCACUGUGUUCAACAACAUCAAUGAUUGUAGGUCCUGUAAUCCAGAGUUGUCUGUAGUGUAUUUACACCAAGAUUCCACAGAAUCUUUUCCUCCAGAAGAACAAUGGAGUGAGUCUGUUAUCAGAGCUCUGUUAUUAUUGGACUGUGGACAAGUACAAGUCCUUCAAUACAACAACUUCUACCAUCAACCAUCACUUCAUUCUCUCUGUUUGU